UCGUCAUUCUUUGGUGGCGUAAGGAGCGGCACAACGCCCCCGGAACAGUGGCGGAAGUUUAAGCUUGGCGCGUGGCAGAGGAGGAUUGAUCUUGAGGGAGCACAGGGAGUGGGGAGCGUCGUGGCCGGGUAGUCGGUUUCUGGCCGGACGCGCAGCUAUUUUUAUUGAUCGGUGGGUGAGAGGGGCGACAGGCACAGUUGGUAGUGAGUGGCCCGUGCGUGGCCCAGUGCUCGAGGAGAAGCCAGCGGGUCAGGCUACACACCGCCUCCCUGACAUGAUUAUCGUGUAGGACUCGGUCCCGCCCUCCGAGACUCUCCCUCCACCAAGGUCAUCCCGGCUCACUCAUCUUGGGACGAGUGGCUGGCCAGCGGGUUGGUGGUGCUAUUCCUGGGGACUAAGAGGUCGACGCAAGCAUGAAGUGUGUUAGUGAGGUAGCGUGAAGUGCUGCCAGUACGUUGUGAGUGUGGAGGUAAUUGACCUGGUUCCCGUGCAAUCCACAAUGAGGCAUAAAGUGAAAUGGUGGUGUUCCCUUUCUCUGGUGCAGCAUCGGACAACAGUUGUCUUCAUUCUCUUCUCGCUGUUCCCGACCUUGCUGGGCGUCUACACCCAGGAGCAUGACUUCAACAUGCCGCACCAAGAGUCUGACAGGAUCCUCUCUCUGGUCGAGUUAUGGGCCAGGAAGAUCGGAAACCACAUAUUUCAUCUGUCGAACGCCUUUGCACUCUACAAUGACAUCAAAGACAACUUUCGCACGGGAGAAGCCACACUGCAAGAGAAUGACGGCCUUCAGCUGGUGAAGGAGAUGACCAGUGACGUGACCAACAUGAUGAAGUUCAAAGUGGACGCCGUCAACCGCAUCAUGAACGUGGCAGAGGAGGCGUCACUGGAUAAGUACAAGCAGGAGGAGCCAGUCGACUAUUACAACGCCAAGAGACUCAAUCCCUCGCCAGACAUCCCACAGGAGGCUAUUGACGAUAAAAACUACAGGAAUUUGUCGCUGCUUUCCAACAUUCACUUCGACGGCAUACCCAUCAACGAGAGCGUGUCGUCCGUCCAUGUUCCUACCAACGUGUACGCCAAAGCACCAGACGUGAUCAACGCCAUCAGGUGGUCUGGCCGUCUCGACAGAACCUUCAAGUCCAACUACGAACUGGACCCAACACUCUCGUGGCAAUACUUCGGCUCCUCCACAGGCUUCCUCAGGCAGUACCCAGCCUCCGAGUGGGUGAUGGACGAGAAGGACCCAGACCUAUACGACGCGCGCCUCCGGUCGUGGUACAUCCAGGCGGCCAGCAGCCCUAAAGACAUGGUGAUCCUCCUCGACGUGUCCGGCUCCAUGACUGGGCUACGCAAAGAGAUCGCCAUACACGUCGUCCUCAACAUCUUGGAGACGUUGAACGAGAACGAUUUCGUCAACAUCUUCAACUUCAGCACGGAGACGACUGAGCUGGUGUCCUGCUUCAACGACUCGCUGGUGCAGGCCAACAUGGAAAACAUCGGUGAAUUCAAGAAGGCUCUCAAGACCAUCGAGACCAAGGAAAUAGCAAACUUCUCGAAGGCUCUCAUUAAGGCCUUCGAACUCCUCCAACGGUAUAACAAGAGCGGUCAGGGGUCGCAGUGUAACCAAGCCAUCAUGUUGGUGACGGAUGGGGCACCCGACAACUACGAGAAGAUCUUCUCCACAUACAACUGGCCCCACUUCCAGGUGCGUGUAUUCACCUACCUCAUCGGCCGAGAGGAGAAGAAGAAGCGUGACCUCAGUUGGAUGGCUUGUGCAAAUAAAGGAUACUUCGUGCAGGUAACUACCUUGGCAGAGGUACGAGAGCAAGUACUGAGGUACAUACCAGUGAUGGCACGGCCAAUGGUCAUGUAUCAGGAAGAUCACCACCACAUAUGGACUGGUGUCUAUGCUGAUGUAGCGCAUGAGAGGCAUGGACAUCUGGGGGAUCCUAAACAAAUAGAGUGGCUGUGGGAAGUUCGUGAGGGAAAACGUCAGAGGGACCGAACUGAAAACUACCAAAAGCUUCAGAAAAUUGUAAAGGACAGCAGUUCCCCCGCCAUCAUAGAUGCCCUACGGGAUAAGUGGCAGGUGGAAAAUUUCCUUAGAUAUGGAGAGUUUAGCCUCAGUAGCAGGAGUAUCGCCCGCAUUAAAGCUGCCAAGAUGCGGAAGAUGAGGCGUCAACGCUUAAGGAAGAGGGAUAUACAGAACUUUACACUUCAACCAGAAGUUCGAGAAAAAAUUAAACAUGAAAUUGAAUUAAUGUUGAAAAGAAGAGUCAAACGAGAUGUGCUAGUCCUCAUUCCCAAUAGGAUACAUGAUUAUGACCUCUGGAAACAUCACAGGCGCUUGUUGAGAGAGCAGGAAAAGUUAGAAAAGUGGUAUGAGGAUAUCAGAAUGGGUCGGCGAGGCGCCCCUGGCCUGAAGGAAGGCUACCGACUCAUGACCUCAGUCGCUGUUCCAGUGUUUGACCGUAAAAAGACCUCGAACAUCACCGAGAGAGUAUUGGUCAAUGAGUCCGUUUGGGUGUUGAGGAAGAGAGAGAUGAAGACUGCCAACCUACUGGGCGUGGCAGGCACUGAUGUCCCCAUUCGAGAAAUUGAAAAAUUGGUUCCCCCAUACAAGCUUGGAGUGAAUGGCUACUCAUUCAUGGUCAAUUCAAAUGGAUACGUCAUAUAUCACCCAGACCUGAGGCCAGUGCACCAAGAAUCAAAUGCUGAGUUUCAAGAUAUCCUGAAACCAAACUACAACAGUGUUGAUUUUGCUGAAGUGGAACUGACUGACUAUGAAAAUGAAGCUCGUGCCAAUGACAGUGAGCUACUUGAGAUGGCUGGAUGGAGAGAUUAUUAUAGCAAGCUCCGCAAAGACCUGGUGGAACAGAACGCAGCAGAGAGAAUGAUGAGUGUCAAGAUCCAUUUGGAUGAUAUGAAACGUGUGGUUCAGAGGAAGCAGAAGUACUUUGCUCAGAAGAUCAGUGGAACGCCCUUCAGUUUGGGUAUUGCCAUGCCUGAAGGGUAUGGCAAGUAUAAGGUGCAUGGGCAGAUUGAGUUGACUCGUGAAAUUCAAGAUCAUAGAGCUGGUGAUGUCAUGAAUCACUUCUCAACUGGAAACUGGACUCUGCAUCCUGACUGGGUUUACUGUGAAUACAAGUAUGACCAGCAUCAGGAGGAUCAGAGUCCAGAAGCCUUAAUAAAUGAAUUCCUUUCCCGUGCCCAAAAACCCAACUGGAAGUGGCGUUCCACUCGUACUCGCCCUCCACCAGAUCCUAUUAUGAACCAAGCUCAGCACAAGCGAUGGAAGCCUUCCAUGGGGAGUGAUGAAAGAAGGGACAAUUAUUAUUGUGACAAGGAUCUGGUACAGUCACUUCUCUUUGAUGCCCGUUGCAACCCAAUGUUUAUUCCCGGAAAGUUAAAAUUGAAGAUAAGAUCAAGGACAGAAACUUUCCUGGAGGAUCACAGUUAUAUGAUACUAAUACUUUUCACGAGCAGCCAGAACUUUGGCAUCACCACUGCCUUUGUGGCUACUCGUAGUGGACUGACUCGAUGGAUAGAUAAUCCAUCAGAGUCUUCUUCUAGUAAUGGCAACUCCAAAGAACCGCACUUUAUGAAGGUGCACAAUCGUGCUAUUGAUGAAGUGUGGUACAAGCGGGCUGUGGAUUACUACAAAGAAGAUCAAGAUGCCUACGUUUACUCAGUUCCAUUUGAUGCUGCAACUCGUGACCCAGAUGAGGUACUGGUAACAGCCACACGUGCCAUCUUUGUUGAAGAAAAUGACUACAGAAUGGCUCCUGCGGCUGUUGUGGGUGUCACCAUCAAACACAGGAAAUUCGUAGAUUUCUUCAAAAAUGAAACCUACAAGUGCCCCUCCUACCCCAGUCGGAACUCAAGCUGCAAGAAAGCCAAAACGUGUGAGAGCAAGUCAUUGAAUUGUUACCUACUAGAUGACAAUGGCUUUAUUAUUGCCUCAGAAAAUGAGGAUGACACUGGCAAGUUCUUUGGAACACUUGAAGGUACAAUCAUGGAAUCAUUAGUCCAGAGUGAAGUGUACAAGAAAAUCCAGAUAUUUGAUUACCAAGCAGUAUGUCUGGACACACAAGAAAAAAACAGCAUGGCUUCCAUCCUUACCACACCAAUUCAGACAUUGAAGUGGUUUGCCAGUUGGGUCAUGGGUAAUGUAUUUUGGGUACUUGUGAAAACACAGCUGUAUACUCUUUGGGAUCCAAAUGAAGCUUGGGCAUAUGCUCAAGGCCAGUGGGAUCCUAAUGCAGCACCAACCGAUGAAGUUACUUACUCCAAGGGACCCAUCAACUAUCAGAGUGCUUUUGGUGAAUACCAAGAAAUGUUACCUGAUGAGGCUGUAAUAACUGAUGAAAGCUCAGGUGAAGGUUCAGGAAAAGACCCUGAGGAAGAUGGUUCUGGUAGAGAAGGUUCUGGGGAAGAAGAAAUACCUCUUUAUGAAGGGAUAUUGGAAUAUGAGGUUCAAGACUACUUGGAUGGCAUUCCAACUGAGGAUACCAAACACCCUGAAUUACCAGAUGAUAUUGGUGACUUUCCUUCCCUUGAGAAAUUGAAGAAGAAAGGCUACCCGAUCCAGCUGGCAUACAUAAACAAAACCCACCCACGACCAUGCGACAAGACUGUGUAUUUAUAUAAACUUCAGAGCAAAAAGUUGAAGCAAGAUGGAUUAUACAAGCCCGUCAAGGGAAAACUGUCUAAUUGCCAUACCAAUGGAUGUGGCAGGCCUUUCAGUGUACAAAAGGUCAUCUCAACCAAUCUGAUUCUUGUGGCUGUCAACAGUCUAUGUCCAUGUGAAUCAAGAAAAGUUGACAUUGAGCCUGUAGAGGUUGAGCACAAUGAAACAACUUCCUGCAAUCGACUGCUUAUGCAACAUUAUCGAAAACGACCUCAGUCUUGUGUCAACUACCAUCCCGAUGAACAUGAGAUCAAGCUUUGCGGAGGAGCCGGAAGCCUUGGCCCAUCUUCAGUCGCCCUUCUCACUCUGCUUCUAGCACACAUCUAUAACUCCAUGAUGCAGUCGUGAUACAUGUGUCCACUAUGUUAGUGUCUGAGAGAUGUGGCUGAUACAGCUUACACAAGUAGAAAUUAUUGAUGUCUUUUAUUAUUACUACCUAGCUAAUGUCACUGAGCUCAUUAGGAAGGAGAGAGGAACAGUAUGCUUCCCAAGAAUAUUAGUUUUUCCGAUUAUUAAUACACGGAUUGGACAGUUCAUAAUAUAACAAUGAAGCUAAUUGAUUGUUUUUGCCAAAGGAUGCAUUCCUUAGUUUUGUACAUAGUUCUUUAUAUAUA